UUGAAGUGAAUACGCGUUGCAGAAGACAACGGGAGCCAUAGAAACAAAGCAAGGAUCGAAACGACGUCAUUUUCGUCUCCAAUCCAAAUAUAUUUAGCCUUCGAAACUCCUUCCUCCUCUGCUUCCAAUCUUUCUUCUUAUAGAGAGAGGAUGACCACCCCUGUUUGCCCAUUCGUCAAAGCGGCUCGACCGGACGACGCUGGUUCUGCCAAAAAAGCCGCCACCGGCGGCAGCGAAGCGGCAAGGAAAGACUCCGGCGACACCGCUACCGUGUCUCCCAAAUGUCCCUUUGGUUACGAUUCCAACAACUUCAAGCUUGGUCCUCUCAGUUGUAUGAUCUGCCAAGCUCUUCUCUUUGACUCCACCAAAUGCAUCCCUUGUUCUCAUCUCUUUUGCAAAGUGUGUAUAUCACGGUUUAAGGAUUGCCCAUUAUGUGGAGCUGACAUAGAGAAAUUGGAACCUGACACCAAUCUUCAAAGCAUAGUGGAUCGAUUUAUCGAAGGGCAUGCUAGGAUCAAGAGGGCUCAUGUUGACACCAAUGGAGAAGGAGAGCAAGUUCUGAAUGAGGAUAAAAAGGUAAUUUAUGAGGAUGUCUCAUUGGACAGAGGUGCUUUCUUGGUGCAACAGGCCAUGAGGGCAUUUCGUGCUCAAAAUAUAGAAAGUGCUAAAUCUAGACUCAGUAUGUGUGCGGAAGACAUUCGAGAUCAAUUAGAUAAAGUGGGCAACACAUCAGAGUUGUGCUCACAGCUUGGGGCAGUUCUUGGUAUGCUUGGUGAUAGCUGCAGUCGAGCAAUGGGAGAUGCUGGUGCUGCAAUCAAUUAUUUUGAGGAGAGUGUUGAGUUCCUUACAAAAUUGCCAACAGAUGAUUUGGAGAUCACACAUACACUAUCUGUUUCACUUAAUAAAAUUGGAGAUCUUAAGUAUUAUGAUGGAGAUCUGCAAGCUGCAAGGUCUUACUACUUUCGCUCUUUGGGUGUCCGCCGUGAUGUUAUCAAGCAUAAUCCUGGUAUUUCUUCUCAGAUUCUGGAUGUAGCUGUUUCCCUCGCUAAAGUUGCGGAUGUGGACAUAACUCUCGGAAAAGAGGAUGUGGCUGUUGAUGGAUUUCAAGAAGCCAUAACAUUGUUAGAAUCUUUGACUUUGAAAUCUGAGGAAGCUGGUCUCGAGCCUCGGCGUCUUUCGGUGCUGGAAUUCCUAAAAACUCAACUCGCUGAGAAACAAUCAGAGGCAACUGUGAGUUCGGUGCCCCCUCGAUGAAAAAAAAUGUGAACUGAAAUAAAGGAGCCUAUUUCUGUACAUACACUAGCUUCGGGUUGCCAGGUAAUGAAUUCAAUUUAGGAAGAGAUGAUCCAUGGAGGAUUAAGAUGUGCCAGAGUUGUGAAUAUUUUGGUUAGUCCUUGGAACAUGAGUGAUAGACAAUCAUGCUUUACGUUUAUCUGCAAAAUCUUCAGCCAACAGCUAUAUGUAAUCUUAAAAUAAGAGGCAGACAGCACCACCUUUUAGCACAAGUCAAGGUCUCACUUUUUCUUUGUGUUUUUCCCAGUUCCUUUUAAAUGUGUUAAUGAGGAUGUGACCAUGAUGGGAUAAUGUCAUACCAAUUACCUACUAGAUUUUAGCAACAAUGCGGUCAUGUUAACAUCUUCUACAUAAAUGCAAGCUGUUUUCUUUCCUUUUUAAUUUA